UAAAAGCUUCUCCCUUCCGCUCGCUAGGUUUUGGUGCGCUCUUCUCCUCGUCCUCCUCCUCGGCGGCGGCAAGCGAAGGAGGCGUAGGCGAAAUGGGCAAGGGUACCGGGAGCUUCGGCAAGCGCCGGAACAAGACGCACACGCUGUGCGUGCGCUGCGGCCGCCGCAGCUUCCACCUGCAGAAGAGCACCUGCUCCUCCUGCGGCUACCCCGCCGCCCGCAUCCGCAAAUACAACUGGAGCGUGAAGGCCAUUAGGAGGAAGACUACUGGCACAGGGAGGAUGAGGUACCUUCGCCACGUGCCCCGGAGGUUCAAGAGCAACUUCAGAGAGGGAACUGAAGCUGUAUCAAGGAAGAACGGAUCUGCUGCUGGCGCUAACUAGAUCUGGUCUCCACUUUGAAAUGUGGGUCUUGAAACUAGUGUUUUUGUUGCUUUUACUGAAAUUGGUUGUUCCUAAGUUGAGAAGCAAACGAUGCUUGGUUAUGUUAUUUCACAUGAAGGAUGUUAAUCCUUGAGUUUUGAAUGUUGAAUCGUGCUAGAUUGUUAAUGUCCAUCCUGAGUGUUAGAUCUACAGUUUUUUUCA